CGCAUGCGUGUGUUGUGGGGACAGAGUUGCCAGUGGGAGUAAGAGAAAGAAGGAUAUAGACGGAGGAACGAGAAGAAGGGCUGAGAGGAAGAAGGAUAAACGGCUGAGGCACCACCUCCAGCCACUACGCUACCAGCUGCCCCGUUUGACUGCACACGGAGACAUGAUGCUGGUGUGUUUUCGGACAUCUCUCUCCCCUGUGUCUACCGUAAUGGCCUCGCCGACCUCGGACCUGGACAACGGUUUGGACUUAACCCCACCCACUCUGGCUGUGAACAUCUGCGGUUAAAGAAAAAUCUUUUGAAUCUGAUUCCCCUCCACCCACUCGCCGCUGGCAGUGCUUUUUGCCGUGUUCUGUGAAACGCUGCUUUUUGGGAAGAGGAUUAAAAAUGGAGAGGACUGCUGGACGCUGAUGUUGAGAGGCGCGGGUGGGAAGCCACUGGCGCUGGUAGACUGAUGGAGGACGCGGCAAGAAAGGAUCUGUUGCAUUUUUUCUAGUCUUUGUACCUGUUUAUAGCCAUUUGUCAUCACUUUGGGCUUAUAGCCUAAAAAAUCCAUCUUUAUUAGCCAAGAACACAGAGAGGAUUUGGCUGCCAUCAAAAGAAGUGGGAGUUGACUGGUUGAUCUCGGCUUCCUGGAAACUCUUGCUCCCCUUUCUCCUUCUGCUUCUGAAUGGUUGCCAUAGAGAUCACUACAGUAGCCUGGUGGUCUCAGUGAUGGGGAGCACUCCAGGUUCGGUGAAGGGGAAGGGGGGGGGGGCCUUAAGGGGACUCAGGUGUAUGCCAUGGAAGAUGAACAAGCUGAAAAGCAGCAAGGCCGUGGCUGGGCGCGCAGAAGCUGAGGUAGAGUCAGCUUCGGGACAGUCGCCCUCCACACCGCUCGUGCCACCCAUCUACCACGAGAAACAGCGACGGGAGCUGUGUGCCCUACAUGCGCUCAACAACGUAUUCCAGGACGGUGGCGCUUUCAGCAGGGACACGCUGCAGGACAUCUUCCAGAGGCUCUCUCCCAGCACUUUGGUGACCCCACACAAAAAGAAUGUGCUCAGCAAUGGCAACUAUGACGUGAACGUCAUCAUGGCUGCCCUCCAGACGCGAGGUUUUGAGGCUGUGUGGUGGGACAAGCGGAGGGAUGUUUGCAGCAUUGCCCUGGGCAAUGUGACUGGCUUCAUCUUGAAUGUGCCCUCGAACCUGCGCUGGGGACCCCUUCGCCUCCCCCUCAAGCGCCAGCAUUGGAUCGGCGUACGGGAGGUGGGCGAUAUUUACUACAACCUGGACUCCAAAUUGCGCAGCCCCCACCCCAUUGGCCCCCCCGAAGAGCUCAGGAAAUUCUUACGGCAACAGCUACGAGGGAAGAACUGUGAACUCCUGUUGGUUGUGCCAGAAGAGGUUGAGGCUCAGCAGACGUGGAAGACCGAUACCUGUUGACUGUCUCUGGAGCGACAAGCCAAACACCUUGAGGGCUCACAGUGAGGAGGGCCUGGACCUUGGAUAACCCACAGGAGGUGGAUUGUCUUUCUACCCAGGUUCCCUUCCCUACUGGAGGCUGGUUAGCGAGGUGGAGACCAGGGAAAGGUGUGCAAAAGACUUAAUUGCGAAGCUCCACAUCUUUGAGUCUGCAUCAUAUGUCUAUGAUCAUAUUUGGUAUUUGGAAGCAUUUUUGGUUUCGUUUCAAACUUGUCAUUUGUUUAAAAGUGAGAAUCUGAUGACGUGUCUCUGUGAAGACAGCUGUCUGCUGCACUCACAUAUUACUUUAAAGCUACUUGCCUUCCUCCUUUUCUCUCCAUGUCUUUUCCCCUUUAUUCACAUCUCUGCUUUUUCUCAUCUCAUGCUUUCAUUCACUCACUUGGUCUCUGUGUGCCAUGUUUCAGAACCUUGCUGUCUUAAAUGACUGUCCAGUAUCACUGUGUUUGUGUCAUCUUAAUGUGUAACAUAUAUUUACUGUAAAGGUGCUGCAGAUCUCCGGCAAUGGCAGUGCUUCCCCUGGACAAAAACACAUCUGCUGUUAUCAUGCAGAAACAGAUCUGACUGUGCCAGUAGUGGUACAGCUGAAAACUCUACCUUCAGCAGACUGCCACUUCAGUGGUGAUGGUCUGAAGGACGGUUCAACAACAUUGUCACAUGCGUCAGUGAUGUUAACAUUCUUCUUAACCCUGCGCCAGUUAGGGCAGCACAGGAGCAUAAAGGGAUGUUGGGAAGAUGAAUAAUGCUGGAUGUAAACUGUAUUAUGUAAACAGCCAUGAGCUCCCUGCUGAUGAUAGUGAGUGGGCAAAAUAGCAUUUGCCGCCUGUUGUGGUUAUGUCAUGUUUUGAAUGAACUGUGUUUCAUGGUGAUCCAUGCAAGCAGGCACAGACACUUGUGCAAACAUGGUCGGAGAGCGAGAAAUGAGAGGCUGGAGGGGAUGAAUAAACUGCGAUUUGUGUAUCAGUGCCCAUCAGUAAGCUUCAGACUUCCUCUUAAGUAAAGGUGAUCUUGAUGGGGAUGCAGUGGAUCCAAGCACACAGUGCACUCACACCAUGCACAUAUGCAGCAUCAGUGUGAGGAAAUGCUUCUUUUUAUGCUGUUGUCUCACAAUGUACAACCUCCUUUACUGGUAAUGUAAAUACACUUGUUUCUCUGUGGGAAAUGUUCACUUUCGUAUUUGAUUUGAUCUACCUGCCUCGCUGAAGGAUGUGACCACACCAUACCCUGUGAAAUGUUUUCAUGUCAUGAGCCAUGAUAGCGGGCAGCAGAUGCCACUGUUUAAAAUUAUAGAUCAUAGGUAAAGGCCUGUGAUUUCCUUCUCAAGACUCUUUCACAUGCAAAACAGCCCCCCCCCCCCAUCUCCAUGAGUCAUUAACUUUGUUGAGGAUAUACCAAAUGUACCAGCAGAAAGUAUUUCUCUUUUGAAAUAACUUUUCUCUAAUAUCUUUAAUUUAGAAUAAUGCAACAGGUAUGAAUGUAAAAUUGGACCAUUUCAAAUGCUUCUGAGUGGGGGGGGGAGCACAGAGCCAUUGGCUGAAGUGGGAGCCAAAUUGAAGAACGGAAGCAGUGUGAAGUUUGCCCAAAUUAAAAUCUUAAGUCUCCACAUGACAGUAUGACAUAGAGCUUUCACAAUGUGUGGUUGAAAAUUUGUAUAUAUCCUUUCAUAUAGUUCAGAAUCAGGGAAAGCCUUAACACAAGUUAAUUUACUAUGUAUUUUGUCUGCAUGUAGUACAUGAAAAAUGCAUUGCAUUUUUGUACAGAAACUGUAGUGCAUUGAAAGGGGCAGAAAAAUGUUUGUUUUUGCUAAGACAAUCCUCCAAAGCCUCCUCCCCGAUUCCCUUCUCCCUCUUCUACUUGGAUUUCAAUAAGUGGUUAUGUAAUUUUUCCAGAUAAAUAAAGAUAAAAAUCAUGAUACUGUA